UGUGCAGGUUUCUUUAAACAGUUUGGAACCAUCAAGAAACUUAGACUUGCCAAGAAUAAGAAGACAGGAAAAUCCAAGCACUUUGGCUUCAUUGAAUUUGAGUCCCCUGAGGUUGCAAAAAUUGUAUCUGAAUGUAUGCAUAAUUAUCUUAUGUUUGAGCACAUGUUUCAAGUCCAUCUUAUUCCUCCUGAGCGUGUUCAUCCAAAGUUGUGGAAAGGCCCUAGCCGAUGGCAUAAGCCAGUGGACUGGGUUCAAAUUGAAAGGAAGCGACAUGACAAGGAAAGAACAUUGGAAGAGCACAAGAAGCUGGUGGGAGAAAUCCUAAAACGUGACCAAAAAAAGCGUAAGAAGAUUGAAGCUGCUGGUAUUGAUUAUGAGUGCCCGCCCUGAAAUUGUAAGAAUCUAAUUCUUGCCAUUUUUUUGUUCUUCAAUGCUCUUGCAAUUGUUAUAAAAAUAUAGGGAACUACUUUAAAAAAUUCAGGCUUGAAUUUAAGGGAUAAUUUAUGCUUUUCUGCUAAUCCAAAAUUUGGAGGCAUGGGCCAGCGUUUUUUGACAAGCAAAGUUGCGAAUUCCUAUUGUCUUGAGUCCUAGGGUUCUCUGGAUGGGAAGACUUGGACAAACUUGAGAGUGCACGAGAAUGACCAGACAAUGUGCAAACCGGGUCAGUUUGCUUCAUGGCCAAUAAUAGGUCCCAAUGCUCUGCUUCCCUUCAGAUUCUUUAGGGGUUAUAUUUGACUGCUCCCACAACCGAUGAUUCUAAUCCAUGGAACUUUUGCAUUUGCUUCUUGGAGCUCUAUGGUAUGGUUACUUCCACUAAGUUGAUUGUGUAACGAAUGAUCCGACUAGUCGUUUGGCCCAUCGCAACCCCAUUAUGUACAGUUUCUGCUCGUGAGAAAUAAAAGUGAUGCUUGGCUCUGAAGCCUAUCCCACAACUCUCUGUCGUGGCUUGAAACAUGCUGCUAAGAGGUUCAUUCUUCACAUUAUGGCACAACUUAGAACACUUCUAGGACUAUGUUUGGAUUAAGGAUUUGAGAAUUGAUAUCCUUCCUAUUUUCUUUCCUUUUGCAUGUCAUUCCUCAAAUCUUUGAUCCAAACAAAGCCUCAGA